AUGCUGAAUGGAGAGCAGCUGUUCCAACAGACCAAGAAGAUCAAACUCGCUACAAAAAGCUCGGCCUUUGAUACACCGAGUAACAAUCAUGACGCCGAGUACUAUGCCCCAUUUGACUUCACACUCCCAAGCAGCACCUGUCAAUGCCGCUGCCAGUUACCGCCAUCACUCGAGAGGUCAUCGUCCGGAUAUACCGUCAAGGUUGAAUACGCCAUAAUCGUAACCGUCAAACACUGUCUUCUCUGCCGAGUAUCAAGACUCAAAACUCUCCGUCGAUCCAUAUCCUUCGAGUCAGAGCCUUCGAUCCCAGUCUUACCAUCGUCUAAUAUCGGGUCAAUCUCUGCGAGUAAGCUAUUUCCAAAGCUAUACAAAGCUCUGGCUAGCCAAGGCUUCUCGGGGAUCAGAACACGAUCUGAUGAGUGUCUACCUCAGUAUGAACCUACGGUGCAACUCGAGCUAUUACUUCCGUCACCACCCAUACUGACCCCGGGGAGGCCGACAGAGAUACAGUUAAUCCUGCAUACUCCGUCAGAGCUUGUUAACAACGAGAAUAUCUACAUACGCAGUGUAGAAGCGCAGUUAGAGAGUUAUGUAGAAGCCAAAAUCGGACUGGUAGUAAAGACUGUGGCCGAGGCACGGAGCGGUUGGAACUUACAAGGACUGUUCCCUAUUGACAGAGAGCACUUCGAGGUGGAUUUAGGAACCUGGCGACACUACCUAAUCAUGGAUGCAUUGCCAACGUGCAAGUCGUGCGUGCUGGACACGACGCAUUUCCUUCGCAUCUCGGCGGGUAUAUCCAUUGAUGGAAGCGAAAAGACGCAGAUUGUUGAGGCAUCACUUGAAGUCAUCAUUAUCGGUGCACCACCUAGAUAUACAACAAACCCAUAA